UUUCCACUCCGGAUCAUAUUUCAUGCCCUGAAUCGAUCGAAUACAAUCUUUGAUAUACCCCGUUAUCGAAACGUUCAGAAACGUUGUACAACGUCUCAAUAGUCCGGGAGCGGUGACGUCAGGGCGAGGGCGGCGCGCGCAGCGGCAGCGCGCCGGCGCGGCGCUAUCGACGCGCGGCGGCGGCCCGGCGGCGGCGGGCGGCAGUCGUGCGGUGCAGCAUGGAGCAGCAGGGCGCAGCGCCGCUGGGCGCAGGGGCCGCGCGCCCCAUCGUCAACCCCGAGGAGUUCGGCGAAGUGGACACCUCCAGGUAUCCCGCCCCCAAGGAUGCCACGCACAAGGUCCGCGGGCGCAGCGACCUGCUGGAGAUGAUGUGCGGCGCGGGCACCGUGGACCCCGAGCUGCUCACCGUCAAGACGUUCUACUUCUUCUUUUACUCCGCCUUCGGCUCCCUGUUUCCGCUCAUGGGCGUGUACUUCAAGCAGAUGGGCAUGAACGCGGGCCAGUGUGGACUCCUCAUCGGGACGAGGCCGUUCGUGGAGUUCCUCUCGGCGCCCUUCUGGGGCGGGCUCGCCGACCGCUGGCAGAAAGGCCGAACUCUGUUGCUGGCCUCGCUUGGGGCCUGGAUCAUAUUCACGCUUCCGCUGAGCUGGGUGCAGCCGAGCGCGGUGGCGUGCGUGCAGCCCGUCAACAGCACCGCGUACGUGCUGGUGGCGCCGAGCUACGACGAGGACGAGAUGACCUACUCGCGCUCCUUCCACGGCCCGGCGGCGGGGCGCGAGGGCUCGCCCUUGCCCGUGUCCGACGCCGAAAACUACAACCCUGACACUAAUUCCAAAUGGGUCACUCCGCUGCAUUCCUUCAUCGUCUACACGACUCCGAAUAUACAAAAGACAUUCUUCUUGCUGCUGCUGCUCGUCGUGAUCGGCGAGUUCUUCAGCGCCCCUGCCAUCACUUUGGCUGACUCUGCCGUCAUCACUCUUCUCGGCGAGGAUGCCGAUAGGUACGGACACCAGCGCAUGUUCGGCUCGCUGGGCUGGGGGCUGGCCAUGUUCUUCGUGGGCAUCGCUCUCGACCACAGCACGGCGUUCAGCUCGCACCCCUGUGGGGGCCCGCAGCGCUACGAGAAGAACUACACCAUCUGCUUUGCGACAUUCUCGGUGCUCAUGGGUGCCGCUCUCAUCACUGCCACGCAGAUAAAGUUUAAGUACGAGGCGAUAAGCAUCGAGACGCCCGCCGAGCCGGCGUCGGUGGAGCCCACGCAGGAGGAGCGGCUGCAAGAGCAGCUGGCGGCGCAGCUGCAGCUGCCCGGCCUCGACACCAGUGCGCCGCCGACCAAACAGCCGCCGCUGCAACACGCGAAGGUAUUCGCCCAGACCACGCGCGAGAUGCCCGAGUGGGUGACCGUCCUGCGGCAGUUUCAAAACGUGAAGGCGGCUUCCUUCUUGCUUGUCGCCUGGUUUAUGGGCUUCGGUAUCGGCCUCAUCUUUACGUUCCUAUUUUGGCAUCUCCAGGACAUCGGCGGGUCGCCAACGUUGUUCGGAGUGGCUUCUGUGAUCAACCACAUCUCCGAGAUAUUCGCCUACUUCUUCAGCUUCAAACUGAUCACUCAGAUGGGGCAUGUGAAGGUGCUGUGCCUGGGGCUGGCCGGCAACGUGGUGCGCUUCCUGUACAUCUCGUGGCUCACGGACCCGUGGUGGGUGCUGCCGUUCGAGUUCGUGCAGGGCGUGACGCACGCGGCCGUGUGGGCGGCGUGCUGCUCGUACAUCGCGCACGGCUCGCCCGCGCGCCUGCGCUCGUCGGCGCAGGGCGUGCUGCAGGGCCUGCACCACGGGCUGGGGCGCGGCUGCGGCGCCGUGCUGGGCGGCGUGGCCGUCGCCAAGUGGGGCACCACGCGCACCUUCGCCGGCUACGGGCUGCUGUGCGCCGUGGCGCUGGCCGCCUUCGCGUUCGUCAACUUCCGCGGCGACGACGGCGCGCCGCCCGUGGCGCCCGACGAGGACGCGCGCGCGGUGGCCGAGGCGGGCGUGCUGGCCCCGCACGGCGUGCCGUCCAACCCGCUGCCGCGCGCGCUGUCCUCCACGCGCCUGGCCGACCUGGCCGCGCACGACAACUACGGCGCCACGCAGAGCCACGGCGGCGACAGCCUGGCCGUGCCGGGCCGCGCCGCCAACCCCUUCGUGAGCGACCCGCCCCGAGCGCCCGCGCCCUCCUACCGAUAAGCGCCCGACUCUUUCAUGUUUAUAGCCUGAUUUAUCUUGAUUUGUUAUUCCAGUAAAGAAUCAUGCCUAUGCGACAGGAAAAAUAAUGAAACCAACUGGUCGCUAUAAAUAUUCUAUGAUUGUAUUUCUUUUUCAUUGAGAUCUGAAUAAAUCUAAGAAAAAAAUUACUAAAGUAUUGUCCAUCGUUCCGCGUUCGAUACGUUCUAAAAUUUAACUGUGAAGGUUGACGUGAGUCGUGAACUCUGAGGCAUUAAUAUAAUCUGAGGAGUUAUAUUGUAUAAAAUAUAAAUGUGUAUAAUCCAAACCUGCCUAAAGCUCUGUGAAUCCCAUAAAAUGACUAAAACCUAAAAAAAUUGCUCUAAAAUAUAAUCGUAUUAAUUAUUAUUAGAUAUUAUUACCUACGUAUAAUUUUAAUGUUUCAUGGUUCUCUUGUAGUCGAUUUGUGUUACGUAUAACUAACGGAAUGGAAUUGUUCUGACUUCUGAGCUGUCUGAGUCGGUCAGGGUCUGUAUAUUUGUGAAUAUAUCUUUGUUUAUUUAUAUUUUGUUCUGUUCAUUUAUUUUUUUAUUAAAUACCUGUUAGAUAUUAAAAUAAUGAAUGUCCCUCGAUAUUUAUGUGGAAUCGCGUAUAUGGAGUGGUACAAUUAUUCUCGUAACCUAUUCCUAUCCUAACCUACUAAAUUUAUGGAGCUUUUUAUUGAAAAAUAAAUAAAAUCGAAUAUUAGUUAGAAUUAUUAUAUUUACUCGAAAGUAUUAAACAAUACCUUUUUACCAUUUGGAUGUCUAGGUGUAAAAAAAUAUUUAAAAAUGACUGUUGCUUUAUGUAUAGUGUUUAAUGUAAAGUGUUUUCGAACAGUGUACGUAUGUGUAACAGUCAAAACCCUUAUUGAUUAAUUUUACCGGUAAAUAAGGUUUUUGACUCGUUAAGGGUUUUGACUGUAACAUAUUAUGUACGUAGCAGCGCGUCGCCGUCAGCCGGCGCGGCGCCCGCGCGGCCCGCCGCGAGCCGCUACGACGCGACGCUCACGUACUUAGUUAAUCAAUGAGUAGGCUAAUGAUUGUUGUCCAAUACUACUGUUACUCGACCACUAGAUGUUUUAUUUAUUUACUGCGACAAGUCCUUAGUGGCGGCUUGGCGACAUCCGGCCGGCGCUAGCUCGUAGCGCACACACAAACAUAUAUAUUUAUUAUUGUAAACUUUAUCGUUAACUAGAAUUAUGGACGUUUCAUAGACUAUAUACCUUGUAGAUAUAAUGUAGACAUCUCUGUACCUUGUCACUGUCGCCGUUUUGUGUUUAGUUCAAUACAUACAGACAGAGUGAGAGUACUUCAUAUAAAAAUAAUUGUAUGUUCUAUGUACAAGUAUAAUAUACGAUGUCAUAUCAUGGUGUGAUGAGUAGAUGUACGGAGUAGGCCGUCGCUGUCGCCCGCCCCGUGCCGCGACGAACCGCAGCGAAACGCAGCAGACCGCACGAAUCGGGCGACGCGACCACCUCACUAUAAUUAUUAUUUUUGUUGACUAUGAAGUAGAUAUUUAUGGAUAGCUAUAUGGUGUAUGAUAUACAUUUGUUGUAAAGUACUCCUUGCGCAUUGUAAGCGGCACAGUUAUAUAUUUUUGCACUGGGCCGCAGCGGCGCGGCUCGCACCUGUGCCCUGCGUCGCUCGCGGACAUUUGACAUUCUCAAUUUCGAAUAAUAAAUGUUGAAGUAUU